AUGGGAUAUGUCCGUUCUUCUUUUGUCUCUCCGCCUAGCCCGUCAGUGGCCCUCGAAGCAGAGGAGACAGGCAUUCCUCAAGGAGCUUCCUCAAGGGAGUGGCUGGAUCAUGCCGCCCCACCGAUUCAGCUGCGCCGUAGACACAGGGUUGGAAGCCCUAUUGUUCUGAGCUUGGCAAUUUUGUUGGUGGCGACCGCCGUGGCCUACAUGGUCUUGCGCUGCGGGAAGCUCCUUACCAGGCUGUCUCCGCCUGAGCCGUUCUCCGCAAGGCUGCUUUCUUCCGAUGUAAUGCCCGCACAGGCAGCAGCAGCAGCGGCAGCAGCAGCAGCGGCAGCAGCAGCGGCGGCAGCGGCAGCAGCAGCCGCGAACGGGCCAGUUGUCUUCAGGGCGACGCAGGCCGAUCGUGCAGAUGAUGAGGAACUGUGCAGCCGAGUGAAGGGGUCAGUCAGCACUGCACUGUCUCACAUUUCACUGGCUGAUGAUGACGAAGGGGAAGACUUGGGAGGCCGAGGAAGCCUGAGUGAUCUCGGCCAACACAGCGCCCCUCCCGCGGAGGGCAGUGCGCACCGCGCAAGCUCUCUGCUGCAGGAAGUCCUGAGCAGGACGCACCGCUCUGAUGAAAGCCCCUCCAGUGGCCCCCGUGGCCUCGAUCUUCACCGGCAGCGCGGCAUCUCCAGCACAUUGUCGCAGAGCACUGCACACAUUGGUCCAAGUACAUCGCGCAGCACUUUCAGUCUCAACCGCCGCUCUCACCACGCUUCCCACGUCUCUCUCAUUUCGCAGAAACUUUUGACGCUUCGCAAGCCCAGCGGGGAGCCGGCCUAUUAUUCUUUCCCGUCUAUAAUUGACGCCGGAGCAAGGUCGGCUCUGAAGACUCUCAUGGACUUUUUGAAGGGCCUUCGCCAUCAUCGGGGGAAAAACUCUAAGACAAUUACUUUUACGCUAUCUGGCGUGAAUGUGGCCGUCGAUGUCAUGCAACCGAAAAGCAGUUUUGGGCGUAUUUGGCCUGACAAGGCCGCCUUGGGAGGCACUGGCGAAAGGCUGGAGCAGGCUCUCUGGAAGGCAGUGGGCGCAGUGUGGGCCAAAGGGGGCGAGCCACAUGUUGCUGCUGAGAUGUUCGAGGUUGUACAGCAGGGAUCUGGUUCGCAUUUGGGGAAAAUAGAGAUAACUAUCACAGCUUCCAACGCGGGUCGUCGGUCUUCUUUUGACACCGGGUCGCCUGUGUUGGAUCCGUCACGUGAGCAAGGAGCCGUUGGAGGCGCCUCUGCCGACUCAGGAUCAGGUGAAGCCCCACGCAGAGGAGCUCAUGCAUGGGGUGUGGCGGAGGGAUACCAAGCAAGUGGUGGCGCAGAGCUGCCCAACCAUCGUGAGGCACCUCGCGCCAGAUGGGGAAUCCGUCCCGUACAGGAAGUUGCAGAGCCAUUUGAUUUAGGGGCUCGCUCAUCUUUCCAAGGCCCCGAUCCAAGUCGCAGUGUUUCAUGGCAGAAUGACACCCGUGAGGGGGGUGUCUCGUCAGCGAAAGAUGGAGGUUCAGCAGGUAGCGGUGGAUUUUGGGCUUUUUCAAGUGGGCUACAAAGCGCAGCACCAGAAGCUCAUGACGGUAAAGCUUCGUCUAGUUCCACGAGUCACGCACUGCCAGAGAGCGAGCACAGCGAAGGGGGAAGUGGCCUUUCGGAAGGAGGACAGGAAGCUCGGGCUUCGCAUUCCAGAACCUGGUUCAGCAAGCUGAGGAUUCCGAAGUACCAUUUUCCUAGGGUUACAGAUGAGUCCGCACGACGUGGUCUUAUGAAACUCAUGAAGAAGGUCAUGGCCUUCUCCUUGCCAUCGUGGACGAUGCGCUCAGCCAGUGUUAGGUUCGACGUCGGCGGGAUAGCUGUGGAUGUCACUGCAAGAGAGCUUAUGCACGCCAACUGGGGUGGAAGGACGAUAAUUGAGCAGGCGGCCCCGAAAGUUGAAGACGCCUAUUUAAAGGCGGUAGACAGAGUGCGACGCAAGCUUCCAAGCUCAUCUGCUGCUACGGAGACCUGUAGCGCCCAGAAGCUGUUGAGCAAUGGCGUCGUUGCUGGGCAGAUAGUUUUCAUUGUAACAGCAACUUUUGUGCAGCAAGAUCCAGGCUCUGUCUUGCAGCUUGGGAGCGGAGGAGGGCAAAAAGACGAUUCUGAUGAUAAUGAAAAGCCGCAGCGCAGCAGAGGACACAAGAAGAAAAGAUCUUCAGGAAUGCGCAGUACAGUGUCUCAUGGUCACUUAGAUGAGGCAUCAAGUUCUGAUGAGUGGUGA